CGGAGCGUAAGAGGGAGAAGAGCGUGCAAGCAUUUGGUGUUGAAAUGUUUCACAAAUAUAUAGCGUGAAAAAUGCUGUAGUGUGUUACAAUUGUGUCUGUAGUUAGUGUGUUGUCAUAUCGAGAACUGAAACUGAUCCUACAGCGACGGAGACUGAACAGGGUCUAGCUUGCUCAGUUGGACUGUGUGUUCAUCUAACGAGUCGUCAGUACGAAGAUUCGUGGUAGUUACUGAAGAGAAUGACACCAGAUAGACCUCUGAGCCACCGGGAGCGCUCAGAGUGCCUCUGGCCCCGACGGAAUCACCGCGAUCACGGGCGUGACGACAUCUAACAUCAAGAGGUGAAACACGCUCUUCUGAAUAGAGCCUAAAAGUCAUGGAUUCGCUGGCUGCAGUGGCUGUGUUUCUCCUUUUGGGGACCCUCUUUCAACCACCCCAAGCUGCAGCCUUCAAACCCCUCCAUUCUGAUGGCUCCCUCACCCACCGAGAAAUCACACAGAUCGCCAUUCUCCGCAAGACUGCAGAAGCAUGCCGGGACAUCGCUGUUGACCAGGGGCGAGAAUUCACACUACCUAUCAACAACAAACUGACUGUAGCUUCUGUCCGAGCAGCCUGCUCAAAUUCAUAUGCUGCCCUAUCCACGCUCAGUUUUACUUUGGCUGUUGCAUUGAUUUAUCGAAGCAAUGCAGCUGUGGAUUAUGUGUACUUACUGACUGAUUCACCUCAUGUUGAUAAUGAGGCUUUCAUUGAGGCACGGGAUAUUAUUACUCGAGGACUGGCUGCAGUGAAGGCCAGCAUGAAACAGGAGAACUACAAUUCUGCGCGUGUCAGACUGGGGGCUCUUUUCCAUACUUUACAGGAUUUCUAUAGCCACAGUAACUGGGUGGAAUUAGGAUUCACCAUACCUCUCCGUAACAUGACUAGAUCUGACCUUCCCCUCAACAACCUAGCAGGCCCCAAAACACCGACAUGCAAAAGCUGCAAUGGAGAUGACUGCAGUGACAACAUUCUCCCAGAGAUCCUGCAGCAGAAGAUAUUAACUACAGGAUAUUUCAACCUUUUCUCCUUUUCCAAACCUACAGGCAAGUGUAGCCAUGGUGGCAUUUUUGACAUGACAAGUAGAAGAGAGCCCACUGGAGGAAUCAAUAAGGAUACGAUCAGCUCACAACAUGGCUUUCUUCACAACAGAGCCGCUAACCUGGCCAUCAACGCAACCAUGGAAGUGCUGGAAGAUAUUCGACUGGCCACAAACAACACAGCCUUUCUUCGAUUGAUGGGGCUCAGUCAGACAUCAGUGAUGGCUUUUGUGAUUGACACCACAGCUAGUAUGUCUGAUGAUAUUGCAGAGGCCAAGAGAGUGUCCUUCAGUAUCAUAGACAGCAGGAAAGGAACAUCAGAAGAACCUUCAGAAUAUAUUCUAGUUGCUUUUAAUGAUCCAGGUUUUGGACCUCUGAUAAGGACUGAGAAUGCAGAUAUUUUCAAAGAGAAAAUGAAUUCCCUUACAGCAUCUGGUGGAGGAGACGCCCCAGAGAUGUGCUUAUCAGGACUGCUGUUGGCACUUGCAGGAGCUCCUCCAUCUUCAAACAUUUUUGUUUUCACUGAUGCUGCAGCAAAGGACUCAGAAUUAAAAAGCACAAUUGAGGCCCUGAUAGAAAGCACCAAGUCAACAGUGAAUUUUAUGCUGACACACUCUACCUCAUUCCGUAAAAGAAGAAGCGUCUCGGAACGACAGAGUUCUUCAUCAAGGGCAAUGUCUCAGUCAGAGAUACAGUUGUACAGAGACCUGGCCCAUGCUUCUGGUGGACAGGCCAUAGAAGUCACAAAGGUCACACUGCCUCAGGCCACGAAAAUCAUUCCAGAUACAUCUACCUCUGCACUGGUGACCGUUUUUCAGGUGGUGAGAAAUCCAGCCAAGGCAGAGAACUUCUCUUUUGUGUUGGAUGAGUCUCUGUCAAACGUGACCGUGUAUGUCACUGGGGAUUCUCCAGUCUUUACACUCUACAGUCCUACAGGUGUGUCUCAGUCAGUGUCAGAGGGAAAUGGUGCUUUGGGUAGCACUCAGAAUGCAGGAAAUUGGUGGAGGUUACAGAUUUCUGUCAACCAGACAGGGCAAUGGAGAAUAAGCAUUAAUGCUACAAGCUUCUAUACCCUGAAAGUCUUUGGUCAGAGUUCUGUGGACUUCCUUUUUAACUUUGUGGAAUAUGAUGGAAAUCGUGGAGACUUUAUUCCAAAAGACAGUCGCCCUUUAACUGGAGGGAAUGCCACUUUGUUUCUCUCUCUAACUGGAGGAGCCACAGUGACAGAGGUGCUUCUAGUUAAUGCUUCAGGAUCUGGUGCUGUUAAUGGAACUAUCACAGCAGUGGCAGGGACAGAAUAUCUGGUUACCUUUGACAGAAUCCCAGAGGGGGCAUUUCUGGUCCAGCUAAAUGGUCUGUUGAUUGCCUCCUCAAUGUCUACCCGAUUCCAGAGGCAGUCACCCACCCAGCAGAGAAGCUCUAGAAUUAUCAUAAUGUCCCAAACACAGAGCCUUAUUGAGCCUGGAGUCCCUUUCAGUUUCAACUUUACAGUGAAUUCUACCACUACAGCUGGCAACUACACUAUACGGGCCAGGACUAACCGUGGCUUCAAACUAUCCUUUUCUGGCUCUCUGAGCCUGGGGAUAUUUGGCAGUGCUCAGGGAUCUGUAACAGUGACCGCACCAUCCAACACAGAGUUUGGGACGGAUGUCACACUCACCAUUGAGGCGCAAGCUCCAGGAGGCACUGACUUUAAUUUUGUUACACAGUCGUUCAUUGUCUCAGCUGCAAGUGUUGAAACCAGUAGAUGGUAUUCUGUGUCCUUUUCCAUGUGUCUUUCUCUCAUGGCAUUAUUUGUUUCCUGUUUAUAUGAUUAAGUUGCUCAAAGAGGAAUAAUAAAUUGCAGUAUCCAGCCUUCUAUCAUAAUACAUUAAUUGUUGCUUAACUUUUCCACAGCAAAUAACAAUUGUUCAUUGUACUUCUCUUGAAUUAUGACAGAGAAAAGAGCCUGUAUAAAUACAACAGAAUUGAAAUAAAAACCAU